AUGGAUCCCGGCGGGAUGAUGAACGAGGCCGGGACGUAUAACCUGGCGGAGAUCUGGCCGUUCCCGAUUAACGGUGGCGCGAAUGUUCAUUCGUCGAUGAGAAGCGGUGUCUCGUUCGGUGGUCCUAACUUGGUUCACCAGUUCCCUGGCUCGAAUCUAAUUAGCGGUGAUCCAGCUCGUAUGAGCCACGCCCUCUCGCAGGCGGUGGUUGCCGGUGCUAGGAAGAGACGGGACGCUGCGGAGGACAAGCUCGUCUCCUCCGGUGACGGCAAUGACGCGAAUGAUGGUGAGGGUAAAAAGCAGAAGACUUCAGGGUGCGUUGAAGAGGAAGUGUGUGAUGGGAAAGCCGAAACAGGAGGAAGAUUAGAUGGGAAGAAGCAGUUGCUUGAACCUCCAAAAGAUUAUAUUCAUGUGCGAGCCAGAAGGGGACAAGCGACUGAUAGCCACAGUUUAGCUGAAAGAGCGAGAAGAGAAAAAAUCAGCGAGCGGAUGAAAAUCUUGCAAGAUCUUGUCCCUGGCUGUAACAAGGUUAUUGGAAAAGCGCUUGUUCUAGAUGAGAUAAUCAAUUACAUACAAUCGCUCCAGCGUCAAGUUGAGUUUCUAUCUAUGAAACUCGAAGCUGUCAACUCCAGAAUGAAUCCCGGAAUCGAAGCUUUCCCUCCAAAAGAGUUCGAUCAGCAAGCGUUUGAGAAUCAAGGGAUGCAGUAUAGCUCACAAGCUACAAGGGAAUACAGCAGCAGAGGAGCAUCACCGGAGUGGUUGCAUAUGCAGGUAGGAGGUGGUUUCGAAAGAACAUCGUGA